ACGCCCCGGACCCACCCUCACCGCUCUCUGAUUGGCUGCGCGGGCAUCUUCCCAUCGCGUUCUCCGGUCGCCAGGUUGUGGCUGGUCCGGUUGCGGGGCGCAGGCUGAGGGGAACCGGGAGCGCGCGGCGGUCAUGACGGAGGGCACGUGUCUGCGCCGAAGAGGGGGACCCUAUAAGACAGAGCCCGCCACCGACCUCAGCCGCUGGCGUCUCAGCAAUGAGAGGGGGAGGCAGACGUGGACAUACUUCCAAGGAGAAGAAGACCCUGGCCGAGGGCAGUCUGGCCUGGAAGCUCACUUACUGGGCUUGGACACCAGGAGUUACUUUAAGGACUUGCCGAAAGCCCACACAGCCCGUGAGGGGGCUCUCAAUGGGAUGACGUUCUACGCUGCACUGCAGGCUGAGGAUGGCCACUGGGCGGGUGAUUACGGUGGCCCGCUCUUCCUCCUGCCAGGCCUCCUGAUCACGUGCUACGUGGCGCACAUUCCUCUGCCGGCUGGAUACAGAGAAGAGAUUACACGGUACCUGCGGUCGGUGCAGCUUCCUGAUGGCGGCUGGGGCCUGCAUAUUGAGGAUAAGUCCACGGUGUUUGGGACUGCGCUCAACUAUGUGUCUUUGAGAAUUCUGGGUGUGGGGCCUGACGAUCCUGACCUGGUGCGAGCCCGGAAUAUUCUUCACAAGAAAGGUGGUGCUGUGUUCAUCCCCUCCUGGGGGAAGUUCUGGUUGGCUGUCCUAAACGUGUACAGCUGGGAAGGCCUCAACACUCUGUUCCCAGAAAUGUGGCUGUUUCCUGACUGGAUGCCCGCGCAUCCCUCCACCAUCUGGUGCCACUGCCGGCAGGUGUACCUGCCCAUGGCCUACUGCUAUGGUACCCGGCUGAGCGCUGAGGAGGACCCGCUGGUCCAGAGCCUCCGCCAGGAGCUCUACGUGGAGGACUACGGCCGCAUCGACUGGCCGGCGCACAGGGACAGCGUGGCCCCCGAUGAGCUGUACACGCCGCACAGUUGGCUGCUCCACGUGGUGUAUGCGAUCCUCAACCUGUACGAGCGCCACCACAGCGCCGGCCUGCGGCAGCGGGCCAUCCAGAAGCUGUACGAGCACAUCGCAGCCGACGACCGCUUCACCAAGUACCUCAGCAUCGGCCCGAUCUCGAAAACCAUCAACAUGCUUGCGUGCUGGCACAGGGAAGGGCCGGCCUCCUCUGCCUUCCAGGAGCACUUGUCCAGGAUUCCGGAUUACCUCUGGCUGGGCCUCGACGGCAUGAAAGUGCAGGGCACCAAUGGCUCGCAGAUCUGGGACACCGCGUUCGCCAUCCAGGCUCUGCUGGAGGCGGGUGCACAACACAGGCCAGAGUUUUCGUCCUGCCUGCAGAAGGCUCAUGAGUAUCUCCAGGUCUCGCAGGUCCCAGACAACCUCCCCGACUACCAGAAGUACUACCGCCAGAUGAGCAAGGGCGGCUUCUCCUUCAGCACACUGGACUGUGGCUGGAUUGUUGCCGACUGCACAGCUGAGGCCUUGAAGUCCCUCCUUCUCCUGCAGGAAAAGUGUCCCUUUGUCACCAAGCACGUCCCACGAGAGCGGCUCUUCGAUGCUGUCGCUGUGCUGCUGAGCAUGAGAAACCCUGAUGGAGGGUUUGCCACCUACGAGACCAAGCGUGGGGGACACCUUCUGGAGCUUCUGAACCCCUCGGAGAUCUUCGGGGACAUCAUGAUUGACUACACGUAUGUGGAGUGCACCUCGGCUGUGAUGCAGGCGCUGAAGCAUUUCCACAAGCAGUUCCCAGACCACAGGGCCGGAGAGAUCAGGGAGACCCUCGAGCGGGGCCUGCAGUUCUGUCGGCAGAAGCAGAGGCCUGAUGGCUCCUGGGAAGGCUCCUGGGGGGUGUGCUUCACCUACGGCACCUACUUUGGGCUGGAAGCCUUCGCCUGCAUGGGGCACACUUACCGUGACGGGGCUGCCUGUGCAGAGGUCUCCCAGGCCUGCGACUUCCUGCUGUCCCGACAGAUGGCAGAUGGAGGCUGGGGGGAGGACUUUGAGUCCUGUGAGCAGCGACGCUACGUGCAGAGCGCCCGGUCCCAGAUCCACAACACGUGCUGGGCCCUGAUGGGGCUGAUGGCCGUCAGGCACCCUGACGUAGUGGCCCUGGAGAGAGGAGUCAGCUACCUGCUUGGAAAGCAGCUGCCCAACGGCGACUGGCCCCAGGUCUGUGAUGGUGGCGGGGCCUGAAGGCCUGGGCCGUUUGCAGCUGAAGCACUGGCUUGGCGGCAGGGCUGGUGGCGUUGGGGAAGGAGCUGGCGGGGGAGAAGCCCACGGGCCAGGACACCCUUGGGCUGAUCCUGACAGCCCCUCACUCAGAAGGAAGUGUGGAAGGGCAUGGGGUCACGAGGUCACGUGAGGCUGGCCCCGUCUUGGAUGAGUCCGGGGUUGGUGGGGCUGCGAGGGGCUGGUGGCCCGGGCUGGAGGGUUUGUUGCAGGGCCUGGGGUCCGAGAGCUGGGGUGGUGGUAGGCCCCGCCUGCUGAGGUCAGCCGGCCAGCCCUCCAGCCAGGGUCCCGGUUCAGGGAGCUGCCCAGCCACCUGGUGGAGACGUUGUGUUCAUUCCCUGUGUCCUUUCAGGACAACAUCGCUGGGGUCUUCAACAAGUCCUGUGCCAUCAGCUACACGAGCUACAGAAACGUCUUCCCCAUCUGGGCCCUUGGGCGCUUCUCCCGCCUGCACCCCGAGAGCGCCCUCGCCGGCCACCCUUGAGAGCACGUCUGGUCAUGCGAGUUCCAGGCGAGGCUGGGGCAUCUCAGAGGGGCCGAGGCAGCCCCCCCCCGCCCGCUUCGGCGGAAGCACUGAGCCUGGGCCUGUGGCACGGGCAGGGCUGGUGCCUUCAGACUUGAUUUUCAGCAUAGCGUUAGUUCUGAGAACAGGUGGUCGAGCUCGGGAGAGGGAAGGAACAGGGUGAGCCGUGAGGGUGGGUAAGGCACAGUGUGCUGCGUGGUGCCGCCUGGCGUGGUACGUGUCCCCUCUGUGGGCGUGGGGCUGGGAGGGCUUUCCUGACCAGUGACUGAGUCCUCAGGAGCGGAGCAGCUGUGCCUCGUCCGCGUCCUGCCUCGGGCCCUCGAGGACCGGCUCUUCCUGUCUCUGUCUCUGGCUGAGGGAUGGGACAGCCGCCUGGAACGGCCUGGCAGGAGAGGCUGGGCCUGCCUGUUCACCGUGGCGGCUCAGGCUCAGUGAGGAUUGGGGACCAGACGCCGCAGGCCUGCCUGCCCCGGGUCUCGAGCUCGCCAGCGCCGCGUCAUGGCUCAGCCAGCCCGUGGGGCGCCAGCAUCGCUACCUCAGAGGUGGCAGUCGUCUUGUAGUGACAGAUGGGAGGCCGAGCGUGAGGAAGGGUGAGGGGUUGUUAAUGGCCACGCAGCAGUGGGACCCUGAUGUGUGUUGGGGACACCCCUCACCCCCCUUUGUGCUCCAAGCUGCAGGGAGGGUCACAUUUCCAGGGUGCUGCCUCUCAGGUGGCGAGCCUCUGAAUUCCCCUCUGGCUUCUAAACCCGUCUGGCUUAGCGUGUGUGGACUUGGGGCUCAGGAUGGAAAAUCCAAACCCUGGAAUUGCCUCUGACCUACGAGGAUGAGCAGGAGUGUGGCUGUGAGGGUCACUGAGAGUGUCGAUGAGGGUCAAACCCAGGCCUGGUGUCGCCCCAGGGGCCCACCUGCUUCUCGUCCCCCCCAGGGCCUUCUCCUUCUGCUGUUCCUCUGUGCCUCUCCCUGUCUGACAGCUGCCCUGGCUGCACGGCCCCAGUGCACCACCCUCCCUCUGACAGCCAGAGAGACGCCUGGGUGGCCCCCUGCUCCCGCCAUCCCUGCCCAGACCCUUAGGGUGCUCUCCGAGGUUUGCACCACGUGGCCUUGCUUCCGCAGCUCUCGUGGCCCCCGAGCGCUCUCCCUGACUCUGCCCGGGGCUCGCCUGCGUCCAGCCUUUGCCUGAGCUGCCCCCCACUGCCCUCCUGCCCCAGGUGGUGCUCUACCUGCUCUGAGCCCCGCAGGGCCUGGGCGCGUGUACACGCUGGCAGGUCCUGCUGGCUCCACCGGCUGCCACACUGUGGAACGUAGCGGGUGUUCAGCUGGUACUAGUUGGAUGUCAGCACUUGCCCCAGACGUUUUUAAACUAGGGUUUAUUUUGCUGAGGAAGCUGCGCUGGGCCCCUUUGAGAUCUGUCAGGGUUGCUCUUGCACCAGCAGCGCAGACGGUGAUUUCCAACGGUCUGCUUCUUGCAGCGGUCACUGCCCAGCCAUGAUCAGAUCACUGGACGAAACAUAAAGCUUCCAGGAAAGAAAUGAAAAUCAACUGUUACACUGAAACAUUAUGGAAGGUCACCUAUCUUACCAGCUACCUUAAUACACAGACAUUUGAGCCCCUUAGGCAGAGGCUUGUCGUGCAUGUGUUUUGUUUCAUCCUGGAAACUGUCAUAGAUUGGGGUCCCUCGUGCCCCAUGUUGGACCACCACCCCUCAGUCUCAGGGAACAAGAGAAAUUGUUACAAGAUAAGCAGGAUGCACCUCUAGUUAUUUGAGGGGAAAAUAUUUGCCUCAACCUGAUUAAAAGUCAAGUUCUCUGUCCUGGGCGAAUGAUUAACGUGUCUUGAAUUCAAGUUGUUUUAUUUUUGGUUAUGAGGAGCAAGUUUUGAAUGUUGUGCUGGGAAGCUUUCUCUGGAGCCAGGUUAGCUUUCCUUGUUCAGCAGGAUGUAAACUUCAGAUCUAACCCUUUGAGGGAUUCUCUAACUGGAAAUGCUUAACUCACAAUGGAAACUUAUCUCCAAGAAAAUACUUUCCUUACUGAACAUAACCAAUGUUGAUGUGUAGAUUUAAAUUUUAUUCAGACAAUAAAAAUGUUUGAACAAUUGAUACAA